AUGAACUGCCUCGCCCUACGCUUGAGUGCCACGUUCGUCAGGCUGGGUUCGGAUCCUCCCUCCCCAUCCGGCGUGGUUAGCAGCUCCUCUCUGGAGGAGGCCAUGAAGCUGCUGGAAGACCUGGUGUCGCGCAUCGAGGCCGUGUCACGCAGCCACGCCACAAGCCUCGCCCGGAGCAGCGUGGGGUUCAUUGCGGCGGCGCUGCUGUCGAGGGGCCGGGAGAAGAGCUUCAAGGCCCUGAUCGACGCCGUCGGUGCGGACACCAGACGGUUUGUCCAGUCGCAGGGGCCUGGGUUCCACUCCUUGGUCGCUCAGGUCGUCGAUGCUGUGCAGAAGCUGCAUGGCAACGACGCCGCAAAUACAAGACCGUAG